AUAACAAACUGUGAGUAAGAACUAUGUUUUAAGGAGUCUGUUUCAUGUUCUAUAUAGUAGAGGUUCUUUACGUUUCGUUUUAGUCUCUAUGGCAUGCAUUUUACUUUAAAGUACUUUCAUUUAGUAAAUAAAAAAUAAAACCGUGUGAAUAUUUAGAAGUGAUGUUAAAUUAUGGCUGGGGUAUUAAGGUACAUAAAGGAAAAAUAUUAAAGCAUUGGUUUUGUUCCAACUGAAGCUUGUUCCAAUUCUUUAACCCAUUUAAAGAGACCAUCCCGAAUGAGGUUUCUUCCAUAAAAUAAAACCCGUAUAGUUCUGGAAAUCUCACAAACAUAGCUGAAGACGAGUUUGGCGCGGUUGGUGGGGCGAAUAUAAAAGUGAAGGGAGAUGUCCCGAGUAGUCCAGUUAAUAAACAUGGAUUGGCUCAGGUAUUUUCUACUUUUUUCCCUGGGGAUGUUCUGCUGCCGGUGCAGCCCUGAAACCCCCCAAGUAAAGUUUUCCUACUCCGGUUUUCAAGUUAUUAACGUUAUCGGGGAAAAGGCGAGGGACCUCUUCCAGAAACUCUUCGACCAGGGAGAUAUUGAAGAAUGGGGCGGCAACUCGACCCAUUUCGACGUGUUCGUUCCAAAAGACAAAGUGGACGAGAUUAAAACCGUCCUCAACGAUAAUAAAAUCCAGUUCAACGUGAAGAUUGAAGAUGUACAAAGGGCCAUCGAUACGGAAAACCCUCCGGUUGAGGAAGAAGACGAAUUCGAAGGGAGAAAAGGACAUAGAAUGACAUUUAAUUUUUAUCACAGACUGGCUGAUAUAUACGGCUAUCUGGAUUAUCUUGCCCAGACAUAUCCCAAUUUUGUAAGUGUCAGCUCCAUGGGGAAAUCUGUGGAAGGGAGAGAUAUAAAAUUCAUUAAAAUAUCAUCCGGAAAUCCAAAUGCCAAAAAAUUCUGGAUCGAAGGAGGCAUUCACGCGAGAGAAUGGAUUUCACCGGCUACAACAUCUUAUAUUGUGAGUGAACUCGUUGAAAACCGUAACAAGCAUUUGCAAGAAGUGGAUGGCAUUGAUUUCUAUGUAGUGCCAGUGCUCAAUCCAGAUGGUUACGAGUACACUCACGAGGGUGAAAGGCUCUGGAGAAAAAACAGAUCAAAACAUCAUUUCUACUGUUAUGGUACUGAUUUAAACAGGAAUUGGGGUUUUCAUUGGGGAGGUAAAGGCACUAGUAAUCAAAACUGUCGAGACAUCUACAGGGGCAGAGGGCCGUUCUCUGAGCCCGAAACCAGGGCUGCUUCAAAUUUUAUUUUAAACAAUGCACAAAAUAUGAAAGCUUUUAUUUCAUUUCACAGUUAUGGCCAGUACAUAUUGAUCCCAUACGGUUAUGAUCAAAACACAUUGCCACCAGAUUUUCAAGAAUUGUACACAGGAGCGUUAAAGAUGGCUCGAGCCAUGCGAAGCAUUGCAGGUACCCAUUAUCAAGCAGGCAACAGUGCAAAUCUUCUCUAUGCUGCUUCAGGUGGUGCUGAUGAUUGGGCCAAAGGUGCAGCACAUAUAAAAUACUCGUACACAAUAGAAUUACGGGACCAAGGAACAUACGGCUUUACCCUUCCUGCUUCCCAAAUUCUUGACACUGCAAAAGAAGGAUUGGCGGCUGUUAAAACCCUCUCCUCACUUGUGAAACAAACUAAUUGAACAAUAUUAUUUAUUUAUCUAUAUUUAUUUAUUUAUUAUAUUAAAAUUUUAAAGUAAUGUGUGUUAUUUCAUUUGAAAUCCAUUUAAUAAACAAGCUGUAUAGAGCAUUUAGCGGUUCUAAAAAAAGCAAUUUUAAAUUUUUCUUAAUU